AUGGAAAACAUCGAGACCGUUGUUCGUUUGGCUGACAAAUACGAUGUCCUCAAAUAUGUCAACGUUUCUACCCUGUUUCUAAAGGGCCAACUAACAUUGGACAAAAUGUGCUGGGGCUAUCAGUUGGCCGUAAAUCUCAAGAACAAAGACCUGAUCGAGUUUUGUGAGGACAAAAUCGAAAAGAGACCCAAGGAAGUUUUUGCUACCGACGCAUUUAAACGCUGUGACAAAGGUAUUCUCCAACGAAUUUUGGAGCUGGAUUUAGUUUGCAAAGAAGUCGAUGUGUUCGAUGCAUGUGUGACGUGGGCCAAAUACGCAUGCGAACAAGACGACUUGAAUGCAAUGCAAGUGGAGAAUUUGAGAACUCAGCUCGGCGAUUGUUUGCAGCUAAUUCGUUUUGGCCUCAUGAAAAUUGAAGAAUUUAGCAAAUGUUACGUGUUACAUAAAGGAUUGUUUACCUCGGAAGAGUUCGAAGAUGUUAUGCUUUCAUUCACAAUGAAGGAAUAUAAACCGAAAAUGUUCAAUCCAAGGAGCAGGAUUCACAAUGUAACAUGGGAUAAUCGUAAUGUUAUGGAAUGUCUGCGGAAAACCAACUGUCCAAAACCGAAAAAGUACAUUAAACUUCAAGAAGUAACUUCGUUUUCAGCGAAUAAUCACCUGAUGUUAGGAGAAAUUCAAACUGCAUGCACAUACAUUGGUUCAUCUGAAAUAGUCGGAUCUGAAGUCGGAGUAACUAUCACCGAAUGCGAGGGCCUUACAUGUCAAUCAACUGUGUUGCCAACAGUUCUUUAUAAAGGAACAUCUAAAGUAUGGUUUGGAUAUGAUAUGGAUCGUCUGAAAGUGACUUUGCCACAGCCAAUUCGGAUUAAGCCUCAGUUUAUGUAUGAAGUUCGUUUGGUAGUUCGAUCACCCAAUGGAUGCUACUACUACUCAGACUGCCGGCCAAUCGUGGAAAUGAAGAACGGAACUAACAUUCAAUUUCAUCGACAUCCGAACCUGGGCUACGAUAACCUUGCGAAUGGCUGGAUUUCUCAUUUACUCUUUAACAAAAUUUGA